AUGGAUGCGGGUAUGGAGAUGGGUUAUAAGAGAAGGGAAGGUAAGGGUGUAAUUUAUGAGGAUGAGGAUAACAGCGAGAAAUCGUUUUUAUAUGCAGAGUGUAGGGAGAUUGUGGUGGUUGAUAGGAUGUGGAUGUGUGGCAUGGAUGGGACGUGA